AUGGCAACUGUUUACCGAGCACUGACUGUUCAACUUCGCGUGCAACCGCGAAAACUCUCGGUUAAAAAAGAUGCGGAAUGGCGGGAGUAUCGCGGGCCAAUGGUCAGAAAAUAUCCUAGAAAUGAGUGGUUAAGAAACAACUGUGUCAAGAACACGUCGCUUGGCCGAAAGAGUUCAGUGAAACUGCUGAACUCAGUACCGUUCAAUAUGCAAGGGCACGGUAUCGCGGUAGGAAGAAGAACCCUACUCGAAGAUUGUUACAUUUUCAUUCAGAAUCUGUUCAGUUUUUCACGACCGCAUACUAUAUUUGGGACCUUGAUCAGUGUGUUUUCCAUGAGCUUGAUGGCUCGUUCUGAGGGGCGUUCAUUAGCUUUAGGGAAGAGUCUUGUUCUGGCAGCGCUAUGUGCAGUUGCGAUGAACGUAUCUAUCGUGGGGCUCAAUCAAGUGUAUGAUAAGCAAAUAGACAAGAUAAACAAACCGUAUCUACCACUCGCAUCUGGUCAUUUUGCGACAGACACAGCAUUGACCGUGAUUUCGGCAACGUGCUCAUUUGCUUUCAUCCUUGGGGUAGCGAGUUCAUCUUUUCAUUUGCUUUUCACACUUCUAAUGAGUUUGGUUCUGGGAAUAGUUUAUUCAUCUGACAUGAAGUUGCUUCGCUGGAAGCGGGUACCAAUCCUUGCAACUGUUUGCAUCCUCAGUGUUCGCGCCUUCCUGGUCCAGUGGGGUUUCUUUGGUCACUUUGCAAGUUCAUUGAACGGUGGUAUCUACAAGGUAACUCCGAACAGCUUAUGGUUCUCCAUCGUAUUUAUGGGUGUUUACUCGAUUGUCAUUUCUUUGUUGAAGGACGCUCCCGACCUAGUUGGGGAUUUGCAGUCUGGUAUUCGGACACUGACUGUCAGGCUUGGGGUGGCACCUAUUUUGAACACAUGCAUGUUUUUGCUAUGUUUGGACUACCUGGCUGGUAUCUAUGUAGGUUUGUUUCGCUCUAACUCGCACGCGCAGGUGCUUGUCUUAACUGGAGGACAUCUUUUAGGCAUCGUGCUAAUCUUUAGCAAGUACUUGAGAACAAGUGUGCACUCAUCAGCCUCGAUCUUCUCCUUCUACAUGUUUGUCUGGAAAAUGUUCUACAUGGAGUACCUCAUUUUCCCCUUCCUGAACCCCUAUUAG